UUUUUGUAAGCGUAGUCCAACAAACGGAGAGGGCGAAAUAGAUAAGCUAAAAGGCUUAAGGAUUUGGAAUUUGGCCCUUUCCUUCCAGUUCCAGGAAAACCAUUCUGUUUAAUUCCUUUCAUCUAAAUCCAAUUUCACAGCACGCUUUUGCACUUUGAUUUUAAAUCAAACGAAUCACAAAGUCUGUAUUUCUGUUCUUUCAACAUUAAUUUCGUAAAUUCAUCGAUCUCUCAUACGAUUCGAUUCAAAACCCUAAAAAUAUGUACAGCAACUUCAAAGAACAAGCAAUCGAGUACGUCAAACAAGCCGUGCAGGAAGAUAAUGCCGGAAAUUACGCUAAAGCCUUCCCGCUUUACAUGAACGCUUUGGAGUACUUCAAGACCCAUCUGAAGUACGAGAAGAAUCCUAAGAUUAAAGAAGCUAUUACCCAGAAAUUUACUGAAUAUCUCCGUCGAGCAGAGGAGAUCCGUGCAGUUUUGGACGAUGGUGGGCCCGGCCCUGCCCAUAACGGUGACGCUGCUGUGGCCACCCGACCCAAGAGCAAGCCCAAGGAUGGCAGUGGUGGCGAAGGCGGCGAUGGGGAGGAUCCCGAGCAGGCCAAGCUGCGUUCUGGAUUGAAUUCGGCGAUUAUUAGAGAGAAGCCCAACGUCAAGUGGAAUGACGUGGCGGGUCUCGAGAGCGCGAAGCAGGCUUUACAGGAGGCUGUUAUUUUGCCUGUUAAAUUUCCUCAGUUUUUUACCGGCAAGAGACAACCAUGGAGAGCUUUUCUGUUGUAUGGACCACCUGGAACUGGGAAGUCAUAUCUUGCCAAGGCUGUUGCUACAGAAGCUGAUUCUACUUUUUUCAGUGUUUCUUCUUCUGACUUGGUUUCAAAGUGGAUGGGUGAAAGUGAAAAGCUUGUUUCAAGUCUUUUCCAAAUGGCUCGUGAAAGUGCCCCUUCUAUUAUCUUCAUUGAUGAGAUAGAUUCAUUAUGUGGACAGCGUGGAGAAGGGAAUGAAAGUGAAGCUUCUAGACGUAUCAAAACUGAACUUCUUGUACAGAUGCAGGGUGUUGGACACAAUGAUCAGAAAGUUCUUGUUCUUGCAGCUACAAAUACUCCCUAUGCUCUAGAUCAGGCCAUAAGGCGGCGUUUUGACAAGCGUAUAUAUAUCCCGCUUCCAGAUUUGAAGGCUAGGCAGCACAUGUUCAAAGUUCAUCUAGGAGAUACUCCACACAAUUUGACCGAAAGUGACUUCGAAAAUUUAGCUCGCAAAACUGAGGGGUUUUCAGGUUCAGAUAUUUCUGUGUGUGUUAAGGAUGUCCUCUUUGAACCUGUCCGGAAAACUCAGGAUGCCAUGUUCUUCUUUCAAACUACUAAUGGUAUGUGGAUGCCAUGUGGACCAAAGCAGCAAGGUGCUGUCCAAAUUACCAUGCAGGAGCUGGCAGGACAAGGACUUGCAGCUAAGAUACUACCUCCCCCGAUCACAAAAACAGAUUUUGAUAAGGUACUUGCGAGACAGAGGCCAACAGUGAGCAAGGCUGACCUUGAAGUUCAGGAGAGAUUCACAAAGGAGUUUGGAGAGGAAGGUUAACGAGUCAAGGCAUAUAAAACCUGAGCCACAGUAGUGAGUGCAACCACUAUGAUUGUAUUUUUAUCUAUCACAUAAGGAGCCAGGAUUUUACUUUAAAUGGGGAAGGUGGCUUAACUUAUCUUUUCAUUUGUUCAGAUGGAAAAAACUGGAGUUUGAUAACUUGUUAAUUAUCGUUUCAUAUUGUGUAAAGAAUAGUUGCGAAAUUACUGCCUAUGGUGAACAAGAUGCAUAUAUUGUUGGUUGCGUUCA